GAAAGAGAUCAAGGGCGAGGAGCAAACCAAUGUCGGGGAGGCCGGCAGCCUUCAAAUCUCCAAACCGCAAAAGCAAAGCCGAACUCCUCCGGAAGGAUUCAAAUUGAAAGCAUCGGGCGGAUCUCACAUGUUCGAUCAGCAGUUCCAGAACCAACUGGAGCGCUACGAUCAAAAAGUCCGCAUCUACGAUGCUUCGAAGGACGGCGGAAAGGGCCGGCACAGGAUUCAGGUCGCAGACUGCACUUUGGCGGAUGCUGGUGCAAGCAGGAUGGAAGGGUGGACGACUGAGAUCUACAAUCGGCCCUCUGUAAUCCUAUCUUCUCAGGACCGCUGGGAGAUUCGCUUAAGAGAGUUGGAGAUGUUUGUCAACAAGCAUGGCAGGCCGCCACGUGAAAGGGGAUUGAGCACAUGGCUUGAUGCCCAGGACGCUGCUUUGAGAGGUCAGAGACUUCCAAUGCACAGGUUUCAAAAGCUGCUGGAAUCCUCAACUCCCAUUCGUUGCCGUGUUGAAGGGUGGCAGACGGUUGACGCCGGGGUGCGCUUCAGGCAGAAAUGCAAUGAGCUUGGAGAGUAUGUGCAGCUGCACCGCAGGUUGCCAGACUUGGAAAGGCGUCAGGUUGGGUCCUCAUCCUGGAAACUGGCAAAAUGGUUGGCACAUGUGCGGGGAGGGAACAUCAGACUAGACGCUAACAAGAUGAAGUUGCUGCAAGAGGUGCAUCCCUUGGUCAAAGCUGAGCUACAGAAGUGGCAGGAUGCCCCGCGAUUCCAGCAGUCUAAGUGGGAGCAGAGGUUUGGUCAGCUCUGUGGGUUUGUGUUGGCCUCAGGACGCAUCCCAAAAGGCGGUGGAGAAACGAAGUUUGAAAGAAGCUGCUACGACUGGCUUGGGAUUCAGAGCCGGAAGCUAUCAGCAGGAUGCCUGCCAGAUGAAAUGACCAAGCCGCCAAUUGGAGGCGGAGAGACCAGCCGGAUGCCAGAGCCUCAGCAAACUUGCAGGGCUGCUUCUUGUCCCUGCGCUGCUGAGUCAAGCGUCGUCAUUCAUCAGUCUGCCAAGAUCGGCCAGAAGGACGCAGCUCAGAGCUUGGACAAUGGGCAUGAGAGCCUUGCCGAAGCACGCCUUGACGAGCGCGACGUGGCCUUCAUGCAGCGCCUGCGGAACUUGGCGCACGAGGCGUUGACGUGGCCGCAUCUGGGGGAGAGGCAGCGGCUGGUGUGGGCUGCGGCGCUGGAGCUGGAAGCCGUGCCCUUUCAGGAGCUGCCUCCGUGGUUCUGGGAGCGCCAGAACAGCACACGUCGAUUGCAAGGCCUGGACUUGCUGAGUUUGGACGGUUCCCACGCUGUCUGCUGCCGGAACGCGUCGGUUUCCUUCAAGGAGGUGAGGCGUUUCCUGCGCAUGGCACGGUGGGUCUACAAGGCCAGAGACAUUGGGGUGAGCACUGAAGGGGCGUGCUCCAAGAUGCACAGUGGUGACCCGCAGUCGCCGGUUGCCCAAGAAGGUGAAAGCCUGGCUGCAGAACUCCGACGCCGAGCAUCGGGUCAUGACAAACCGUACCAAGAGGCUGAGAUUGGGAGGGAAGAGCUGCAGGGGACUCGAAUGCGGAUCAGUUUUGAACAAUUUGGUGAGUGCAGAUGGUUUCUCCUGGAUGAAAAAUCAAGGAACCUGGGUGUGGGUGAUACGCAGGUCUUGGUUUGGUGCAGCAUUUUGGACCAGUGGUGGCCUUUCCCUCUAUCCCUUGUCCUCCAUGCAUUCCACAGCACCGGCGCCAGGUUGAGUGCUGCAGCUCCUGCUGCCGUUGCUGAAAAUGAUGGCAUGCAGCCACCCUUGAGGCAAUGCCAGCGCAACUGCUUGGAGGCAUGCGCCAAGGGUGCUCGAAUCAUCGAGAUGGCCUGCGGUACUGGCAAGACCCGAGUGAUCCAGGAGUUGGUGUCGAAUGUCUCCGGAAGGGUGCCCUUGGCCGUUGUUUUGGUUGCGGUGCCUCUACGAGCCUUGCUGGACCAGUUCACUUGGGACUUCCGCGGCUUCUGCAAAGUGGGUAUGGGCCACAACAAGAAGAUCGACUUCGAUGCCAAGGGGUUCCUAGCUGUGACGGAUUCGGUCCACUUGCUGAAAAAGCUGAAGUUUGACUCCAUUUUUGUGGACGAGGGGCACCAUCCGUUGCCGCCCAAAUUGCCACGGUCGACCGAGUUGUAUCGGUUGUCAGCCACUCACAAGGACGAGCCGGAUUUCCGGUACACCAUGGGACAGGCGAUUGAAGAUGGGGUCUUGUGUGAUUACGACAUCACCGUGCCUGCCUUGACUGCUCACCAUGCGUACGUGUGCUUGACAGAUUUGCUUCUGAAACAAGCUGGGAGGUUCAGGCGAGUGCUUGCGUACUGCAACUCAAUUGCUGAGGCCAAACGUUUUCGCAUGGUGUUGAGGGAGCUGGGGCUGGCAGCAUGGCAUAUCAAUGGCACGACACCUUUGAAAAAAAGGCAAACUGCGAUUGCAGAGUUUGCCGGGCCCCUGCAGAAACCAGUUCAUGUGCUGGUCACUGUUGAAGUUUUGGGAGAAGGGAUCAACAUUCCCAAUGCGGACACCUGCAUGUUCGUGGAGCCACGGAAUAGCUACAGGAGCAUCAUUCAAGCCAUCGGGCGGGUGCUGCGCCACCACCCUGCCAAGACUUUGUCGCACAUCGUCCUGCCAGCUGUGGCAAUCCCGAGCUCAAGAUCUGCGUCCAUACCACAAACAGGUUCCGGGAAUAAAGAGAUCAAAGGUGAGGAGCAACUGAAUGCAAGGGAUGCUGACAGCCUUCAAAUUCCCAAUCGCAAUCCUCAAGUGCAUAGCCGAGCUGGGGGAAGUGACAGUGAGCUGCCAACGACUGAACAACACCAGCAGGCGAGAAAACUACGCGAAACGAGAACUGCGGAAGAUGUGGGUUCCAGACUGCAGUCGCAUGCUGCAAUCAGCAUGGCUUCCCCUCUUGCAGACACCAGGAGGCAGGCAAAGACAUUUCAUCCAGCCUUUCAUUCAAACAGCCAGCAGAUUGACAAAGUGCACGGCAACUGGAACGAGAAUUUCGACGCAAGCCUGCUGAAGCGAAAGCGAGGCAGCAGAGGGGUUGGAAGUGGGAUUGAGUAUGACGAGCCAAGCAUGCAGAAGACCCAGGCCACGAUGGGCUCAAAGAUACACCAAACAUUCACAGCGAGAGGGUCUGGCAGAUCUUCCAUGUUCGAUCAGCAGUUUGGCAGCCAACUGGGGCGCUUCUUGGCCGUGCUGAUGCGGGCAGACCAACGCCUUGUCGGUGAAAACGCAGGGGACAGGAUCCAGGUCGCAGACUGCACUUUGGCAGAUGCUGGUGCAAGCAUCAUGGAAGGAUGGACGGCGGAGAUUUACAAUCGGCUGUUUGCGAUUCUAGCUCGUGAGGACUAUUGGGAAUUUCGCUUAGAGAGCUUGGAAGCGUUUGUUGAAGAGAAUGGCAGGCUCCCGCGCCGCCAGCGCAAGUCUCCUCACUAUGAAAGAUCAUUAGGCUUAUGGCUCAACGGCCAGUGCGCUGCUUUCAGACAGCAAAGGCUGCCGUUGUACAGGUUUCAGAAGCUGCUGGCUUCCUCACCUCUGAUUCGCCGGCGUGCUAAAGGGUGGCAGACGGGUGACACCGAUGGGCUUUUCGAGGAGAGUUGCAAUCGGCUGAGAGAGUAUGUGCAGCUGCACCACAGGUUGCCAGACUUUGCAAGUCAUCGGGUUGGGUCCUCAUCCUGGAAACUGGCAAAAUGGGUGGCGAGAGUGCAAAGAGGGAGCAUCAGAAUAGACGCUGGGAGAAUGAAGUUGCUGCAAGAGGUGCAUCCCUUGGUCAAUACUGAGCUCCAGAAGUGGCAGGAUACACCACAACUUUGGCAGUUUCGAUGGGAGCGGAAGCUUGGCCAGCUGUCCCAGUUUGUGUUGGCAACAGGGUGCAUCCCAAAAAGUGGGAAAAAACAUGAAAAAAGUGCCUACGACUGGCUUCGGAUUCAGUGCCGAAAGCUUCUAGCAGGAUACAUGUCAGAUGACAUGGUCCAGCCACCAGUUGGAGGUGGAGAGACCAGCCGGCUGCCAGAGCCUCAGCUGGGAGCCUGCAGAGGCUGCCAGUGGGAGGUGGAGAGAUUGGCCGGAUGCCAGUGCCUCUGGGAACGUGCAGAGGUGGAGAUGGUUGCAUGGGCUGCUUCUUGUCCCUGUGCUGCUGAGUCAAGCGUCGUCAUUCAUCAAUCGGCCGAGAUCGGCCAGAAGGACGCAGGUCAGAGCUUGGACACUGGGCAUGAGAGCCGACUUGACGAGCGCGACGUGGCCUUCAUGCAGCGCCUGCGGAACUUGGCGCACGAGGCGCUGACGUGGCCACAUCUCGGGGAGAAGCAGCGGCUGGUGUGGGCGGCUGCGCUGGAGUUGGAAGCCGUGCCCUUUCAGGAGCUGCCUCCGUGGUUCUGGGAGCGCCAGAACAGCACACGUCGAUUGCAAGGCCUGGACUUGCUGAGUUUGGACGGUUCCCAUGCCGUCCGCUGCUGGAACCCGUCGGUUUCCUUCAAGGAGGUGAGGCAUUUCUUGCGCAUGGCACGGUGGGUCUACAAGGCCGGGAAAUGUACCGUGAUGACCAGCAGCUGCCGAUUUCCGAAGAAGAUCAAAGCCUUCUUGCAGAACUCUGACGCCGAGCAUCGGGUCAUCACAAACCGUACGCUGAAGAGGCUGAGUGCUUCGCUUUUUUCCCCAACCACUGACAGAAAUGGUAACGGGCAACGGCUCAGACGAUGUCAGCACGACUGCUUGGAG